AAACAAUUUGAAAAGAUAUCAAUUGCAUGGAGAAAGUGGAUCAGCUGAUACCAACGCAAUUGAAAAUGCACUUCCUGAUUUAAAAGCAAUCAUUAGCUCCUUUAGAUCUGAAUGUGUAUAUAAUAUGGAUGAAACAGGACUGUUCUUCUGA